CCGAUGCUAGGCUAACAGUCGUUAGCUACCGGGAGCGGACAUGUUGUACCGACCCUUCCUCGAAAAAUCAUCGCUGUAAGCGGGGAAUCGGGAGUUUAGGGAAAGGCUCGGAGCGUUGGGCAAUCAUGGACGCCGUCAACGCCUUUAACCACGAGUUAUUCUCGUUGAUGGACUCCAAGCCCCCAAUCUCACGGGCAAAGAUGAUCUCCAUCACCAAAUCAGCCAUCAAAGCUAUGAAACUCUACAAACAUGUGGUCCAGAUUGUGGAAAAGUUUAUCAAAAAGUGUAAGCCUGAGUACAAGGUAGCGGGCCUAUAUGUGGUGGAUUCCAUUGUUAGGCAGUCCAGACACCAGUUUGGAACAGACAAGGACGUGUUUGGCCCAAGAUUCACCAAAAACAUAACAGGAACCUUUGAGAACCUUUGCCUUUGCCCAGUAGAGGACAGGAGUAAGAUUGUGCGGGUGUUGAACCUGUGGCAGAAGAAUGGCGUGUUUAAGAUUGAGGUUAUUCAGCCCCUCUUGGACAUGGCCGCUGGCUCUAGCAGUGCAGCUGCACCCUACACAGGCUCAGAUGACCCAGGUUCAUCUCCACCUCCAGCCAAAGAGCCAGUUACUGCGGUAACGGCAAACUCCACCAUGACAUCCACUGCUCAGCUGCAAAACUCCGAUGCCUUUGCUGCUGUGGCACAGCUCUUCCAGUCCACACAGGGUCAGCAGCUUCAACAAAUGCUCCAGAACUUUCAGCAGCAGCCAGCGAAGCCUGACACCGACACUCAGCCUCCUGUCCCUACUGUUCAAACACAGGCCCCGAACGUCACUACUGGCAUGGGCAUGGUCGCCCCACAACCACCUCUGCCCACCCAAGCCACCCAGCAGAUGACGGCCUUUGACAAGACAUUGCUGGACCGGUUUGACUACGAUGAUGAACCAGAAGUUGGAGAAGAAACAAAGAAGGAUGAAAUGUCAUCACAAGCCUCCUUUAUGCAGCAGCCUCCAGCCUUCCCACAGCACAUGGAGCACUUUAAACCACCGAUGAUUAACAUGUUGCAAGACCUCUCACAACAGGCUCCUCUCCCUCCCAAUGGCCAGCUCCAGGGCUAUGGUCUACCUCCAGGACAAAGCUUCCCCGUUAUGAUGCCUCCCAUAGGGCAUGCUGUGCCAGGGCAGACCCUUCCUGGUUCUACUGGGCCUCCAGGCUUCCCAGGAGUAUUCCCUCCCCACAGUGCCGCUCAGCAACAACAGGAUUUGUCAAUGGAUGCAGACCGUUCAGCAAUGAGAGAUGGCAGACAUGGUCGACGGUCAAACUCAGGCUCCAGGUCUCCAAAGCGGAGGAGGUCACGGUCUAAUUCCCGUACACGACGAUCCAGACACAGGCGAUCGCGCUCGCGUUCCAGAGACCGCCGUCACCAUUCCCCACGCUCUCGCUCGCAGGAACGCCGGGAGAGAGAGAAGGAGAGAGAGCGGCGACAGAAAGGCCUCCCACCACCCAAAAGCGAGACACUAAGCAUUUGCAGUACAACUCUCUGGGUGGGCCAGUUGGACAAGAGAACGCAACAGCAAGAUGUUGCCUGUUUACUGGAGGAGUUUGGGCAGAUAGAGUCCAUCAAUAUGAUCCCUCCACGUGGCUGUGCCUAUAUUGUCAUGAUACAUAGGCAAGAUGCCUUCAGGGCCCUGCAGAAGCUCAGUAGGGGAACUCACAAAGUGAACCAGAAAGCCAUCAAGAUUGCCUGGGCUUUGAACAAAGGCAUUAAGUCUGAAUUUAAGCAGUACUGGGAUGUGGAGAUGGGUGUCACCUACAUACCUUGGUCUAAAAUCAAAGAGUCUCAGGUGGAGGAGCUAAAAGAAGGAGGAAUACUGGAUGUAGACACCUUAUCACCUGAGUGGAUUGGUGUGAGGAAGACUCUCGGUCUGCAGGAGGAGCUCACCCACAACGGCCGUUCAGAGCCACAGCAGCCUGAGGAACCACAAGUAUUACCUUUGGCUGCUGCAGCUCCUCCUCCUGCACAGGUUCCUCCAAUGCAGCAGCCAAUGGUUGGUGUGGGUUCUCUCCAGCCUCCUGUGUUUCCUGGUCCAAUAGGCAUGCCCCCGCCUUCCUUCCCUCCAGGCGUCCCCCCUCCUCCUUUCAUCAGACCUGGCUUCAACCCCAUGCAGAUGCCUCCAGGUUUUCCUCCCCCAGGUGCCAUGCCUCUCGGUCCCCCGCCUCCCUCCAAAGGUGGCAUUGAAGACCCGCCUCUGGACCCAGCGGGUCUGGGCCACAGGAAAAAUGACGAGGUCCCGGAGGGUCCCAACAUUUUCAACAACCAGAUGGGACCUAUGGGUAACCAGUUAGGUGUACCUCCAGGUGCACUUCCAGGUUCUCUCCCAGGUGGUCCUCCAGGGAACAUCCAACCCCCUUCUGGUGGUCUGCUUGGUGCACGACCAGGUAUAAUCCCACUCCAGCGUCCUCCGGUUCCCCCACCACCACACAUGCAGCGUUUCCCUCCACCUCACGGGCCACGACCCCCUCACCCCAACAUGCCACCUAUGCCCCCACAGAUGAUACCCAGAGGGCCACACCCUCAAAUGAUGCACCAUGACCCUCCUCCACCUAAAGGAGGCUUUGGGCUGCUCCCUCCCCACAAUAUGAGGGCUCCUUUCCUUCCACAUGGGCAUGGCCCUCCUCAAGGUCCUCCUCCUCCUUUUAUCAGACCAGGGGUACCACGGGGCCUGGACGGGCCAGAAGAAAUGGAUAGCCGACCAUUCAGGGGAGACAGGCCUGGAUUCAGGGACCGAGAGCCAGAGAGGGACAGGGAGUGGGAUCGAGAUCGAGACAGGGAUAGAGAGAGGGAUCGAGGUUUUGGAGGUGGAAGGCGGCCAUUUGGUGAUGGAGGAAGGGGUGGAGGUGGUGAUAGGAUGGAUGGGAGGGACAGGCUCGGAGGCUGGCAGGAAGAUGGAGGAGAUCACCGAGGAGGAGGAUGGGAGAGAGACAGAGAUCGGGAUAGAGACCGUGAUCGAGACAGAGACCGAGACAGACGAGACUGGAGGGAAAGGCGGAACAGCCUGGAUAGCGACAGGGAGCGAGGGAGGGGUGAUGAUGCGGAUAGAGAGCGGGGGAGGGGAGAGGGAGGAGGAAGAGGAAGGGGAGAAGGAGGGAGUCGAGACAGAGGGAGAGGAGCUGAAGGAAAGGAAGGGGAAAGGCCGAGGCGGUCAGAACGGCGAGAGAGGACCACGCGGUGGGACAGAGAUGAUCGAUUGGCCGAACUGGAAAAAAUGGACAGAUUUCGGACCUCGAACAGCACAGAGCAACCUCGACUGACUCCUGUGGUUACCACAGAAAGCAGUGAAGAACCAAGUGUGGAGGCUUCUGAAAAGAAGGCAGAAUCUGAACUUUUAUCUCCGUCCCCAGGGGUUACUACUGCUGCAGGAGAGCCAAAGCCCUCUGAGCCCUCACCUUCAGCUCACAGUGAGCCCACAGAAACUAAACAGGAAGCAGAAUCAUAGACUGGCUCACUGCUGCUCCUUCAGCCAGAGACUGCUGUGAACCACUCAACGAUUUAAAAAAAAAAAAAAAAAAAAAUGUUUUUUUUUUCACUAUGAGUCAGCCUCAACUCCUGGCAUAUGAAUUCUAGCUCGUCACAGUUUGUCAGUUGGUAAUUGACAGUUUCUGGGCAGUAUCACAUCGCAGCAACAAACAUCUCCCACACGUGUCGUCAAACAUGUAAAAUGAUUGUUUUCUGGCAUUUCGGCUUAUGGUCAAAUUUGGCUUUGCAUCUGUUUCUCAAAACACACGACCACAUGAGAAUCAGUAUGGUAAAAUUGCUGUAGUUAAAUAUUGGCUGUUAACUGUUUUUCCUGUAAGUCAUAAGAAUUAUCGGAGUGCGUGUUAACUUAGCUCUGUCCAUUUGAGGUUAAUUUGAUCUUAGCUUUUAUGUUUUUACUCAAGUUGGUUUGCAGACGGAGAAAACGAAUGACUUCUGUGACAAAUUUAUUUUUACGUCAUUGCCUUAUGUGUUUGAUAGCAGGCACUCCCCAGCACGAUGAAUAUGUUCAUUUUUUAUUCUUUUUUUUUUUUUAAAUCUGCCAAAAUGUCAUGUCAUACACUGAAUAUCUUCGCAAAUAACUGAUAAUAUAGGCACCAUUGAUUUUUCUCUGUUUUCAUCUCGUCUUGUGUUUCAUGUCGGCUCCUCAUUGCGAGAUCCUAGCCAGUAAGACACAGCUUUGAUAAGACUAAGGUGGCCUUAAAAUCCACUCAUGUUACUUGUAGGUGUUUAAACAGAGAUAAAAACAAAUUGUAAAAGACAUGUUGGUAAAUUACACACACAAUUUGUUGACCUCUCCCUUUGAAUAAGUCCCCACUUUUCACCCCUUGAACCACACUUUAUUUCAGGCAGAAUAAACCAGAGUAUUGUCUCCAUUCUUUAAGAAAACUCCACUCCCAGUACAUGGUUUUUAUUUAGGUUUUUAUGUAUUCCACUAGCACUGGGACUCUUACAAACGUAGGACAGAUUAGAAGCUGAGCUAACUCUCACAAGGUCUGUGAAUCAGACUUGGUAAUCAUAUUUUACUGAUAGCAGGAAUUACAUCCAAUUCCUAAGCCAUUCAUCGCAUUAUUUAGGGAGUCAAGAAUGCUUCACAUUCUUUGACAGUACUGUCUUUUAUGUGUGCAUAUAAUCAUUUUGUUUGGUUACUAAUAUAUUGGACAAAACAAACUGUUGUAGGGGACUCAAAACCAAGGACUUGAACUUUAACUCUGGCAUAAUCCAAUUCAUUUUGCUUAACAAACAUUGUGACUGAUGGGCUAAGAGGCAUUUCAAGUAAGCCAUUUCAACAAAACAUACAGAAAAAUUUAGAACAAAAGAAAGGGUACAUCCGGGUGUAUUGUGGCAUAUCUCCCUUGGAAUAUGUAGGAAGUAAAGAAAUUUGAUGAUGUUAUAUAAGUGGGCUUUGUUUCAGAAGUUUGAGUGAUCUAGACAGAUAAUGGUACAUUUAUUUGCAAAGAAAGAGACUUAACCAGGAGAGCUGUUCAAAAACUGCUGAACAAACAACAUUUUUUUCUGGUUAAAUGGAAUUUUAUCUCGGUUUCUUUUAAAUCGUCUGUUAGUCUUUUUUUUCCAAAACUAACAUCUACAUCAAAGAAGUAAAAUUUAAUUAUAGGAUGUGUGUAAUCAGUUGUUUCUGUUGUCUAAAAUUAACCAAAUGUGUAUAUUUUUAUUUUUCAGUUAAGGGAUAAAGAAGGACUUCUUGUAGAUCCAACACAAAAGUAGUGCAAAAAAAAAUAUGCAAAAAUUCAGGUGCCAGCUUGGAUUUUUGAACGUUGUGUAUACACAAGUUAGCAGGCAGACUUGCUAAGUUUCAUGUUUAUGGUGGUCUUUUCUUUUCCUGUGUGGGGAGGGAAGACAAGCUUUUUCGAUUUGUCUCAUGUACUGUAUGUCAGUCAAACACAGAUAUAAGUUAGUUUUGGCCAUAAGAAAUUACAAAAUGUAACCCUGUAGCUGAAUUCUGUGUUGACUUUGACACAACUGUCAAAUUUAGUGUCUUUCACUGCAGACAGACUGCACCUGAUAUUAAGUCAGCAUUUGAAGCCCAGAUCCUACAAGCCCAGCUCUGUUCUUGAAUAAUUUCAAUUUCACAGAGGCACCAAGGACAAAACUGAAGUGACGAAAUGAAGAGUGUUGCUUUGGGCGCCCAGCUGUAAAUACGCUUGUUUCACUGACGAUUUAAAGAUGUAAUGGUAAUUGUUGUUUAUGAUCUGUGAUUAGUUUAUCCGAGAGAAGCAAAAUUGACUUGGAAGGAACAACAGAGGCCUCUUGCUUUAACGUUUUUCUAUUAGUUUAAACGAUGACAGAUGUUUCUAUGAUUUGUUAAGAACUCAAAAGACAUGGACAUAAAAUCUUCAAUAUUUCAGCCAGGGGAAAUUGUUUUUAAUAAAACUAUUUUUGUACCAAAUCA